UUUUGCGUGUACCCGUCGUGUCUUUAUGACGUCAGCUAACAGCCAUACUCGCUGUGCCGAGUGGGGUGUUUUAUUUUCUGCAUCCCGUCGGUCAAAUUAUAUCGUAUAUGACUAAUUAUAGACUUCAAACAUCACGAGCUGUGUGGACGCAUAGUUCUUAACGCAACAUCGACGCGUUGAAGGAGUUCCGACCGGCAAGUAGAAUAUUUGCAAAUGGAUACACCUGAAAGCCCUACCAGGUCAUUGCAGUCUCCUGUGGAGGAAAAAGACCUUUUUGACAGCGAGAUACUUGAUUCACCUGAUGAUGAGGAAGAUAGGGCCAUCUCAGAAAGUGAGCUGCUCUAUGAAGAGAAUGGAGAACUGGCGGAAGAGGAUGAAGAGGAGGAUACAGUUGAGAUUGCCGGAGGAGGUCUGGCGUUACAAGCAGUGGGAGGAGAAGAGGACGAGGUUGUACCGGACUUUGUUUCUGAACCUGAGGAUGAGGAACCUGUAGAAGAAACAGGUGGAAUGGGGCAAGAGACUGAGGCAAUUCUUCUCAUGGAGGGGGAUGAUUAUGAUGAUGAUGAUGAUAAAGAUGAGGAUGAUGAAGAUGAUGGCAAUUUACAACAGGCGGGUAACCUGGAUAGAGAGGAUGAGGUAGGUGAUGUAGAUGAUCAUGUACUUGACACUCCUCAGUCCCCUGAAUCGGAGCCAGAACAAGGCAAGAACUUUCUCUCUAAGGAAAGCAAAGAGGAUUUAUCGGAAGCAAAUGGAGACUACAAAAGGGGUUCAGCAGACCUUGGUGCUGAUGUGGAUGAUGAGGAGGAGGACGAAGAGAAGGGCGUGAAAAGCAUUGAGGAAGAGGAAAACGAUAUUUUGCGUGCCGGAGUGGGGAGAGCUGCUGUAUCGAGAAAGGUUAAGGAAGACUCGCCGUCUGUUUCGAGGGAGCUGGAUGAACAUGAGCUGGAUUAUGACGAAGAGGUCCCAGAGGAGCCCAACAUCCCUACACACGAGGAUGAAGAAGAAGAGUAUGCUAAAGCUUUGGAAGAGGAGGUGAACCAAGAAACAACCGUAAAGAAAAUUGAAAAGAAGCCAAUCUUGCCCCCGUCCCCCAAAGAUGGGGAAUCUAGAAAGAAAGAUGACUCUAAACUCCGCAGAGAUUCCUUCAGAGACAAGAGAAAAGAAGAUGAUGAUGGAGAGAUUGAUGAAGGUGAAAUUGAUGACGACGAUUUGGAGGAAGGGGAGGUUAAAGAUCCUUCAGAUAGAAAGAUCAGACCUCGUCCUAUCUGCAGGUUCUUCAUAAAAGGAAAUUGUACUUGGGGUAUGAACUGUCGGUUCAUCCACCCUGGCGUCAAUGACAAAGGUAACUAUUCCCUCAUCACUAAGCCAGACCUCUUUUCACCUAAUGGAGCACAGCCUGGAGGUCCUCUCCCGCUUAUCCCCAACAACUCCUGGGCUACACCUGCAAUAGAGGAGCUCCCUCCUCCGCCACCGCCUGUAGAAUCUCCUUCAGAAAGUGCGUGGGAGAGAGGCCUCAGGCAUGCCAAAGAGAUGUUGAAAAAGGCCACCAUUCGAAAGGAACAGGAGCCAGACUUCGAGGAGAAACGUUUCAAUGUGACAAUUGGAGAAGAUGAACGAGAAUUUGACAAAGAGAACGAGUUUUUCAGGGACCGCUACCGCAUUAUCAGAGAUGAAAUGGACACGAGAGAGCCAAUAUAUGGUGAUCAAUAUGCUGAUCCAUACUAUGAGUAUGGAAUGGAGGCACUGUGGCGAGGUGGGCAGUAUGAAAACUUCCGAGUACAGCAUAUAGAAGCUCCUCUUCCUUAUCACUAUAAUGAGCGUGAAAGGGAACGGGACCCUCGGGAGAGGCACAGAGAUCGGGAACGUGAGAGAGAUCACCGCGAGAGGGAGCGUCGGCAGAGGGAACGGGAGCGAGAGAGAGAGCGGGAGAAAGAACGAAUGAGGCGGAAAGAGGAGUGGGAAAGGGACAGGAUAAAGCGAGAUGAGAAGGAAAGGCCGAAGAUGCGGCCUCCUCGAGACAUGCGCGAGAAGAAAGAUGAUAAACUCACACCACAGUCACCUUUAAUUCUGCCACCCAACCGACCAAUGGAGCCUCCCACAAAGAAAGACCUUGUACCAUUAAUGAGACAACCAGAUGAGUGGAAGGACCCAUGGCGUCGGUCAAAAUCCCCCAGGAGAAGAUCUGGACUGGGCUCCCCACCCCGAGGUCGUCGGAGAAAUCGUCGUUCGGGUUCUUCUGUUUCUCUGUCAAACUCUUCUCGGUCUUCGUCUCGCUCUUCAUCGUACACAGGCUCUGGGUCAUCACGUUCUCGCAGCCGCUCCAGCUCAUUUAGCUCCUACUCUAGCCACUCCUCCCGUCACAGUUCGUUCAGUGGGAGCCGCUCUAGGUCAAGAUCUUUUUCCACAUCUCCUUCACCAGCCCCAGCAGUACAAAGGAAUGCCAAAAAUAAGCCAGACCUUCCUCCAGUGCUUGCUAAAGGUGUGCCACUGAAGCAGGGUGCUGCACCUAUUCCACGCAGGGACAAACCUCCUAUGAAGAAAGCUCAGACUCCACCACCACCACCACCACCUAGUGGACCAAUGAACAGGCCUUUCAAACCCUUGCCAGAGGGAGGAAAGCCUCCCACCAAUCUUAGGGAGCCCGGAGGAGUAGUUAUUGGAGCCGGUGGUGAUGCUAGUGCUGGUGGAGGCGGUGUAAUGGUUAGACAGAUACCUUCCCGGGAACCCGCGAAACCUUCCAGCCAGAGGGAAGGAAGGCAGAAGGAACGGCAGCAGCAUCCUCCUCGGAGGCGGACUGUGAGUGGGAGUGUUAGUGGAAGUGGCAGUAGUUACACUGGCUCAAGCUCUAGGUCCAGAUCCUCUUCAAACUCAUUGUCACAUUCACGUUCCGGAUCCAGAAAAUCCAAGAAGUCCAGGUCUUUGAGUGUAAGCAGUGUGUCAUCAGUAUCGUCGGGUUCAUCAGGAAGCAGUUCAGUGCGUAGUGCAGACUCUGAUGACAUGUAUGCUGACCUGGCUAGCCCCGUGUCUUCAGCCAGCACUCGCUCACCUACACCAGGGCACCCCCGAAAAGAGCGAGCAGCUCCCACCAGGGAACGGCCCCCGCAGAGCAGAGAAAAGAACAGGGAGAGGCCUGUGAAGAAAGAUGAACCCGUAAGGGAAGAUCGCAGGAAGAUCAACCCAUCUAGUGGUCCACCUAGAGGAGGCAACCCCAUGCCUAGACCAGUCCCUGGAAGCAGAGGUGGUAACCCUGCACACCACCCUGCUGGGAAUAUGCCCCCACCAGGAAACUAUGGAGGUCCCAGUUCACAUAAAGACAUCAAACUCACCCUUCUCAACAAGCAGCAAGGUGAUAAGGGCAGUAGAAAGCGUUAUCUCCCCUCUGAGAAAGACCGACCUGGUUCCCCCCUUAGCAAGAGAAUGGCUAUGUCUCCUGACAGAGCUCGGGAUAGAAGGAUAUCUGGCAGACCACCACUGUCCCCUAGAAUGGAUCGACCCAGAGGGCAGGGACCUCGGCCAGUGGCCUCCCAGGGAGACAGAAAACGUCCACUGUCGCCACCUCCCAAAUCAUCUGGGAAAGGUUCCGGAGUCCAGUCUGGAAAAGUCGCCCCCUCUGCCCCUGCGCCACCCCCUGCUUCCGGUAAACCCAGCAACACACUGUCUCGGCGCGAGGAGCUACUUAAACAGUUGAAGGCUGUCGAAGAUGCUAUUGCUCGGAAAAGAGCAAAGAUCCCUGGCAAAUAAACAAGAACGCUGUCCACUACUCUUAUUACUGGUCUGUCAGUUAACAGCCCGUAGAGCCCGGGCAACUCGGAGGUCGGAUCCAGUCCCAGCGAUUUCAACUUCAAUUUUCUGCCUCCAGUGGACAUGUACAAAUGCUGUAUAGUACUUGUGCACAUUGUGUAAGUGAACAAGUGGCCUCCACAAGAGAGUUUUCUUCUUGCAUCUUUCACUCCCAUAUUCCCUCUUUCUGCAAGUAGUUGAGGGAUUGGAGGAGAAUGCUGGGAUAGUUUACUGACCAACAGAAGCUGUCACUCUGAUAUUUGAGUGACAAAAUAAAAUUAAUUUUGUGUGCGCCUGAUGACUAGCAGAAUUCUACAGAAUCUGCUCUCGUUGUUGUCUGAACGCUUUGAUUUUUGUCUCCCUCUCGUUUUCUCUAUUAAGAGCCAGUCCGGUUUGAUGUUGUAUCUGCUCGAUUUCUCAAUCUGUUGUUGAAAAACAAAGAAUUUGCAGUCUCUCUCGCACGCUCCCUCAAAAGUGACAUCACAACGCGUAGGCCUAUCAUAAACCAAGGGUAUGUCUCACUUUUACAGCGUUAUCAGACAUGUACAACGAAAACAAAGUCUGAGGCUUAAGGAAACUUCACGGAGCAGUGGUGAGGUUCGCCUUUUUAACAGAAACAAUUUUUUCAUAGCUCUUCUCAAAAAUUAUAAACCAAUGUUUUGUUUGUGUCAUAUUUGUAGUUGAGAGGUUGCAAAUGGGACAUUAGAGACAAGGUAUGUCUUGCUUUUGUGACAAAAGCCUAAAUAAACUAUUUUGAUAAAGA